UACCGCUCCCAAAUUCCGGCAGCCCUGGACACAUAUUUAAGAAAUUCUUCAUUAUUUUAAAAUCAUGGCAAAAAAAGUGAACUUACCGGAUAAUUUACAGUCCAGGGUAUUUGCACUUGGGCCUGCGCCACCUGGAUUUCGUCCGCCGAAGGCUAGCGCCUUCGCAACCGCGGAAUCCAAUCUACGUAGAGCCUCUAGGUAUCUUGAAGAUACGAACAGCAGACUCGAGUAUUUGCGUGGUUGCCUCCAAAAGGAGAAAGCUCCCAGGAAGCUCGCGACCUACAGGGAGAAAACCGUGCUGUUCGCCAAGGAGCAGGUUCGGGCCAGGGAACUCAUUACCAAGUACAGGCUCAAGCUGGUUCACCUGCAGGAUGCCGAGAUUUACAAGGUUACCAAGCAUCUCGAGCAAAUGCGGGAGAUCCUCACCGCGGUCAACAGUCGCCUGGCCGACCUGAGGUCCAAGAUCGUCAAGGAGACGGAUCCCAAGGUUCGCAAGGAGGACGUGACCAACUCCUUUCAACUGGUGCGGGAGCAGCACAAAACCAAGGGACUCUGCGAGCGGUGGCAGGAUCGCUUGGACCAGCUGAAAAAGGCCAGGAUCGUCAGGAGCGAUCAGCUGCUUCAGAAGCCAAAAAAUUUUCAGAGUCCAGAAGAAAAAUCGAAACCUAAAGAAAAACCCAAAACAGAAAGUCAAAAGUUGCACGAAGCCAUGGUUUUGGACGCAUCCAAACCAAAGGAAGACAAAAAUAAUGCCAAUCAAACUGGCUGCAAGAGAUGUGCAUUUCUCACUAAGAUGAAUAAACAAGGACAAGAAAAGCUUUGUAGAGUAUGCAAAAAAUGGGCUGAUGAUAAAAACAAGGCCAAGGAUAAAGUAAAUAAUAUCAAUGAAUCAACUCCAAACACGGUGGAGUCGAAUGAAUUAGAAGUUCCUUUGCCAAUGGAUUCCAGUUCAGAGGAAUCGACUAUCAAAAUAGAAAUAGAGCCCGUUAAUUCAAACGAGAUCGAGGAAUUGAAGUCUAUAGAAAAGAAAGCUAUUGAAAAGGCCUAUUUCGAAACGGGUGGGGGUAAAAUUGUAAGCGCAAAACGGUUUCGAGCUGCGCAAGUUCCAUUUGAAACCUUCUCGAAUGACAAAGUUAAUAAGAUUUCUCAGCUUCUUGGCCCAAGUGUACAAUCUCCUGUGGAACCAGCGAAACACAAUCAAAGUGGACUUCAAACUGGAGCAACCGGAGUUAAGCGAGGGCAGUGGUCAGUAACUAUCUCGAAAGCGGGAGUUAAUAAGGCACAGUUACUUCGCCGAGUUGAACAGCUGAAUGGCCAAACAGAGGAACAAAAUCCAAGCAAGAAGAGAUUACCAACAACGCCAGGUCCACGUAUACCUGUUGUCAAAGUUCAAAAGUUGAUUCGAAUUGAAAAAUCGCCUGAGCAACAUGAGGAACCAAAUUCCAAACGAUUUCGAACAGCGCAAGUUCCAAAUGAAACUAUAUCGAGUGACAAAGUAAAUACACCUCCCCAACUAUUUCCCGUUAUCGUAGCUAUAAAAUCCGAAGCAGUUGAAGCUUUUGAGCAGGAGGACAAUGUCACCAGUAAAGACUCGGUCGACCCCAAAAUAGUCACAUCCAUACAAAAUACCCUAAAAUCCAUCGAUAGUAAAAAUAGUGCUCUAGCAUACCUGAAAAUUCUACAAGAGUACGCCAUGUUGAAUGAUAACUUCCGGGCCAUCGGCCUGCUUACAGAAGUUGAAAAAUCCAUCAUUAAUCCUCCCCAGAACGAAGAUUUUGAUCUAUGAUUUGAGGUCCCACAAGAUGGAGCUUGUUUAUGUCAGGUCUAGUGAGUAGCGUAUUUAUUUGUAAGCCAUUAAAAAUAAUUUUAAAUGAC